AUGGACUCCAAUGCAACGGCGGACUGCCCGUCCCUUCCCUGGAGGGCGUUCAGUAACACAACGAUGUGGGGAGUGGCAGGUCUAUGUCGUGGAUUCUUGUCAGCUCUGUGCCAUGCAGAGUGCCACGGAAAAGAGGAGUUUACUCAGCUAUUGGACUCGCGCAAAGAAACCUCCCAGCGAACAAAAGGAUUGAUCACAGUCUCGAAUCACAUUAGCGUAAUGGAUGACCCUUUACUUUGGGGUAUUUUGCCAAUACGAUUCUGGAACAAACGGUGGUCUUUUGGAAGCUAUGAUAUUUGCUAUCAAACGAGGCCCCUUUCUCUAUUCUUCACCAUGGGCAAAGUUCUACCAUGCCAUCGCUCUGCUCACUCUAAAUUCGGUGGCUUAGGUCAACCGGCCAUGACUGAGGCUAUUCGUUUGUUAUCGAAGGGCCCGUUCCCCGUGGACCACCACCGUGCGGCCCCCGAACUCCAGCGCUGGAGCCGACAAAACGUCUGUGUCGACCCAUUCUCCGAUAUGUCUGUCGCAUACACCACUGAUGGUGAAGACUCCCACCUUGCACCUUCGGCAUACUCUUGCAACUCGAAUUCGUGGGUCCACAUCUUCCCCGAGGGAAAGAUUCACCAAUCACCGAGGAAAACCAUGCGCUACUUCAAGUGGGGGAUAGCCCGCCUUAUUCUAGAGCCUCAGGAAUGUCCGGACGUGGUCCCUAUGUGGAUUGAAGGGUUUGACGACGUCAUGCACGAGAGUCGAGAAUUCCCGCGCUUCUUACCUCGGCCUGGCAAACGCGUCAGCGUGACAUUUGGCUCGAAGGUUGACUCGGAGAGUGUCUUUGGGGAGAUGAGAUCGCGGUGGCAGAAGCUCCGAGCAAAGGUUGAAAAGAGCAACCCCGAUUCCCGAGAUCUGCCCGUGGGUGUCUUGAGCGACGAGCUGUUGACCCACAAGGAAGCAGUUGAGCUGCGCAAAGAGGUCACCUUGAAGGUUAGAAACCUUGUGCUGGAAGUUCGCCGCUCACGUGGCUUGCCUGACGAAGAUCCUAAAGAGGGCUUGGUUGAUACCUGGCUAGAGGAAGGUCACAAGCGCGAGGGCCACAUGAAGGAUGACUCCUGGGUCCGAGAUAUCUAA